UUUCUCGAUUCAGUACAGUCUCAAAGCUCGAUUCAUGGAUGAGAACGGGGUAAGUAGAAUGGUGACGAAGGGACUUCUUGUACACCUUGGAUGCGAAGUGACCACGGUGAGUUCAAACGAGGAGUGUCUCAGAGUUGUAUCCCAUGAGCACAGAGUGGUCUUCAUGGACGUGUGCACCCCCGGGGUCGAAAACUACCAGAUCGCUCUCCGUAUACACGAGAAAUUCACUAAACGCCACCAAAGGCCACUGCUCGUGGCGCUCACUGGUAACACCGACAAAUCCACAAAGGAGAAAUGCAUGAGCUUUGGUCUAGACGGCGUGUUGCUCAAACCCGUGUCGCUAGACAACAUGAGGAACGUUCUGUCUGAUCUUCUAGAACAUCGGGUUCUAUACGAGGCCAUGUAAGAGGACGUUGCCGGAGAGGGACACUGUCCCCGCUUUCUCUCCCCCGUUAAAACAUCGGAAGCUGAUGUUUCUC